UGUUCACAUUCAGUAUCAAUCUUCCAGACCUCCGCGUAUUCAAAAGUCCUUUCUCUCUCUCUCUCUCCUCUCCUCUCUCUCUCUCUCCUCUUUCUCUCUCUAGAUUCGGUUUCGCAUUACAAUACUCUUUGGCAAUCUGUAUAAUGGUAUGUUCUUCAUUCGUUACAGUUGUAUAUUGAACUAGUUAAUUUGUGGAGUUUCAUGAUAUUUGAUUGUUUGCACAUCAGACCUAUUGUAGAUAGAACAAUUGGGUUGGGUUGACUUUGGGAAGUUUUGGAAUUGUGUUCUUUAAUUUAGAAUAAAAUGAUUGGGAGGAAAAAUCCUGGGCGUGCUUCGCCUAUACUUUUGAUUACGUUGGCAUUUGGGUCUUUUUUUGCUACAUAUAAUUUGGUAACAAUGGUAAUGCGGAACAAAGCUGCCGGUUCGAAAAAUCCCGUUGGGGAGGGUUUGGACUGGUUUGAUCCUGUUACUCAGAUGCCAGAAGCGGUGAAGAGAGCUGGGAAUCCGAAUGUCCGAUACCAUGUUGCCCUAACGGCCACUGAUGCGCCUUAUAGCAAAUGGCAAUGCCGGAUUAUGUAUUAUUGGUACAAGAAGUCCAAAGAUGUAUCCGGUUCCGAUAUGGGGGGUUUCACCAGGGUUUUGCAUUCAGGAAGUCCUGAUAAUUUGAUGGAGGAGAUACCCACUUUUGUGGUUGAUCCCCUUCCCCAAGGGCUGGAUCGGGGUUACAUUGUCUUAAAUAGACCCUGGGCUUUUGUGCAAUGGCUGGAAAAAGCAACAAUUGAGGAAGAAUAUAUUCUAAUGGCAGAACCUGAUCACAUAUUUGCAAAUCCUUUGCCAAACUUGGCACAUGGAGACCAUCCGGCAGGAUUCCCAUUUUUCUACAUAAAACCUGAAGCAAACGCAAAAAUUGUAAGGAAGUAUUAUCCUGAGGAAAAAGGACUUGUGUCUAAUGUUGAUCCAAUUGGAAAUUCUCCUGUAAUUAUCAAGAAGUCUAUCCUGGAGAAGAUUGCACCUACGUGGAUGAAUGUUUCUUUGAGGAUGAAAGAUGACCCAGAGACUGAUAAAGCUUUUGGAUGGGUGCUAGAAAUGUAUGCAUAUGCUGUAGCAUCAGCAAUACAUGGUGUACGACACAUUCUUCGUAAAGAUUUUAUGCUACAGCCACCAUGGGAUUUGGAAAUUGGAAAGAAGUUCAUCAUCCAUUACACUUAUGGAUGUGAUUACAAUCUGAAGGGAGAGCUGACGUAUGGAAAAAUUGGGGAAUGGCGCUUCGACAAGAGAUCAUACCUUCGGGGUCCUCCACCAAAGAACCUCUCAUUACCCCCUCCAGGAACUCCUGAAAGUGUGGUACGGCUGGUAACAAUGGUGAAUGAGGCAACUGCAAAUAUUCCCCGAUGGGAAACAGAAUAAGUAGUGGAUGUUAUCAGGAACUAAGCUGUGCAUCACUAUUUUGGAAAUCUUCCGUUGUCUGUGAUACAAGACUGAGGACCCUCAUGUUGAAAAACUCUCAACAUCAAACAGCCUCCAAGAGCAAUGAUGAUACGUAUAUACAAUCACGGAGAACAGAAGAACUAUAUAAUCAUAGAGAGAAUUUCUUUGGUUCGUCGAUAUUUUGGCAAUUAGAGAUGUUAAAACCAAGAAUACCAUUAAAUUCUUUUGUACAACUCUUGCUUUCCUAGUUGAAGUUCAUUGUUGAUCUA